CGUCGUCAUGACAGCAGGAGCGGUGUCGGCUCCGCUCAUCAUUCCCAUCAUCCACCUGCAGACACACAGAGCCAAGAACCACAUCGACACCAACACACCUGUCUCCAUCCAGUCAGACACCCCUGAUGUUCUGGUCUUCUUCACUCUGGACGGGUCGAGGCCGGCGGGGGGGCCUCGGGGCUCAGUGGGCGGCAGCAGGAAGUACACCGGGCCGAUACUGCUGCCUGCAGGUCGAGUGGCGGUCAGAGCCGUUGCCGUCACCAGAGACGGCAGAGACAGCUCCACGGUGACGAAGGUUUUCUUGGUUGAACAUGCGGAUUCAAACAACAGGAAGGAGAACGAGGACAACUUCCUGCAGAGCGACCAGCGGCGUCCGUCUGAAGGAACCUCGUUGACCUCUGCUGGACCUUCACUGAGAACCUCAGAGCCGAGGAUUAUGGGAAACGCUUCUCCUCCAUCAGGUCCUCGGUUCCUGACCAGUCGACUGGGCUCUCCGACCAAACAUCAACCAACUGGAUCCUCCCAGCAUUCCCAGUCAGCGAGUUCAGGUGUGUUGAAGCAGCUGAGCAGCAUGCAGACAUCCAGAAUCCACAGAGAGAUCGACUUCCUGCGGUGUGCCCAGUGUCUGAGUCCCCGUCCUUCAGAUCCGUUCUCUCGGUUCUGUCCUCAGUGUGGAUCUUCUCUUCCUCCGUUACCGGAGCAGAGACUGCCCCCUGCUGAGGGGGGACAGAUGCUCUGCUGUGUGUUCUGUAACUCUCUGGUUCCUGUGAACACUCACACCUGUUUAAUCUGUGAGGCCUCCAUCUAUCAACAACUACAGCCACAGUCCAGCCGCACACUGAAGGAGCAUGUGGUGUGUGUUUCCUGUGGCAGUGGGAAUCCAGCUCACGUCUCCAGCUGUUUGACCUGUGAGAACCGCGUGCAGCCGAACGGCGCCCCCUCUGUCCGCCCAGCAGACGGCAGGAUGUUGACGUGCUCCAGGUGUAAACGUCUGAACCGCGGUGACGCCCGGUUCUGUGACUGGUGCGGCUCAAAGCCCGGCCAUGCAGCCAGCUGUGUGGUUUGUCGGCGUUGUGGAGCUAGUGGACACCUGUACGCCUUCUACUGCGCAGCCUGUGGCGGCCUGCUGGAGGCCCCGCCCCCGCCCACAUCCCGGAUGAACAUCACGCAACCUGUCAGGGGACGCGCCACCGACCAGGUACGCUUCACCGCCACCGACCAGGCUUCAGCCACAACUUCCCAUGAUGCCACCUGGCAAGCCACGCCCUCAUCCGGCCCCGCCCCCAGAACAAAGAUAGCCACACCCACUGCUGAGCAGUCCACACAGACUGUUGGACUCUAUUACCCAUCAGCCACAGAGCUUCAGAGGAAGGAAACACAGGCAAUGCUUCAACUCAGCAAACAGCAGACGACCAGAGACCGCCAACCACUACUGACCGCCAUCAGUCCUGGUAGAGGUUUCUGGAGGAAGCAGCUGGAUCACCUGUGUGCUCACCUGAGGAGCUACGCUCAGAACAACGCCCCCUUCAGGACUCUGCUGGGUGAACCUCGUCUGGGCCAGAUGGUCUCUGCUGUGAUUCAAGAAGAUCGUUACGAAGUCAGCGUGACUGUCAGCUUCGUGUCAGCCGGACGAGAAGAACGUCAGGUGGAUCCGGCAGGUCCUGCAGGUCGGACUGAGACUCUGAGCAUGGUGACGGAGCGAUCAGCCGACAGCAGCAGUCUGAGAAGUGACCCUCCCAAACCGAACCGGACCCCCAAACCUCCGGUGAGGGACGUUCAGCUGCUGAAGGAGCUGGGUCCGGGUCCGGGUCGAGGUCAGAUCAGCGUCGUCCAGCAGCUCCUGGAUCAGGGGGCGGACCCCUCCUGCUGCGACGGUGACGGUCGUCAUGCCUUGGCGGUUGCCGUGGUGAACGGUCACCAUGAAGCACUUCCUGUUUUAGUGCAGCGAGGAGCCGACGUGGACCAGCAGUCCGGACGGAUGAAGAACACUGCUCUACAUGAAGCUGCAGCUCUGGGCUCUGAAGGUCUGAAGGGGGCUCAGGUCCUGCUCAGCUUUGGGGCCGGCGUGCGGCGGAGGAACGCCGGCGGUCAGACGGCGUACGACGUGGCGGUGACGUCCGGAUGUGACCUCACGGUGUCUCUGCUGGCGGCGCGGACCGGACUGGACCUGCUGGGAAGACUGGGAAAACCCAGAGGGAACCCGGAUGUUUCCAGUUAGAGCCAUCUGCCUCCACUGGUGUUCAUCUCAUCCACAUGUUGGAACAUCUGGACCAACAAUAGCUCGAUAUGAGAUAUUGACAUGUUAUUUUUGUUU